AUGGCGGGUAAAAAUAACCCCGAGGAUCCUCAUGUUGGAAUAGAACGGAGAUCCGAAGUUCGAGAUACAGAUCGGAAUCCAGACGAACUGGUUGCCGGUCACAUUCAAUGCUCAGUGUGUAGCAGUACAUUCCGACGGCCAGAGCAUCUGAAACGGCAUCUGCGGAGUCACACCAAGGAGAAGCCGUUUGAGUGUGCCCAGUGCGGUCGGCAUUUUUCCAGAACUGACACCCUCCAUCGACAUGAAUUGAGUCAUCAUGCACCAGGUACGGGAGGGAAAGAUCGCGCACACCGGAUUACCGUCAAAACAUUUCGGGCUUGCUUUAGUUGCGCAACGGCAAGAGUAAGAUGUAGCGGAGGCACGCCAUGUGGACGAUGCCACACUCGCUCGCUCGGAUGUCAAUACCCCACACAAAGACGGUCUAAAGCAAAAGACAGAAGAGAUUCAGAGCAGGAAGCUCAUGUGCAGAGCGACAACCUCAAACCCAUGCACCAAGAGUUGAAUUCGGCUUUUAGUCAGAGCCAGUUUUCUGUACACCCACAAAAUGAGCCGACAUCAUCCAAAACUUUGCUCAACACGUCAUCUACACCCGGCAGUGAUAUCACAAAACGAAUACCACAAAAUGCACGCACCAUUGCAGACGCCUCGAAUCAUCGUUUUUAUCUCCCGAAUGAGGCACAAGGGCCGUCUGAAAUAGUUCCACCAGGGGUUUACUCUAGAGACAUCAACCAGGCAUAUAACUCGGGCUCUGAUAACCCCAAAGCGUUACCUGUUGAUUCAUCCAACAACUUAGACUCUGAAGUCAGGGAUAUUCAGCCGGGAAUGACCAACCCAGCAGGUGACAUUGAGAUGACCAUGGCAAAUAAUCCGGGGAUCCCACUAGAGUUUGAUCCCGCGUUCUUUGACCAAUCUAUGCUUUCCACCAUCAAUUGGCUCCCUAGUGAGUUGCUUUCUGGUCCUCCUCAUUUCCACGCGCAGUCCACCGGUGUUUCCUCGCAAUACAGCCAAUCUCUCAGCCCAAGUACCCACUUCUCUCGGACAGCGUGGCAACCGCCGGUUAUCAACGCUGGGCAAACCAGUUCUUUGCAACCAGAGCGAGUCUCCCAGACACCCUCUGUGCAUGUUUCUCUAGGAAACAACAUGGGAAGCCCUAAUCAAUAUUCCCACGGUAUUAGCGAGCCUUCUCCUCAUACCGAGUCAGUGGGCUCCGCCAAGGGAUCGGCGGACUACUAUGUUGAUGGUGCGCCAUCCAGACUCCCAAAGUACGGGAAGAAACACACGCCUUGGUCCAGCGAAUCUGUAGCGCCGCUCGAUACUAGCAGGCAGCUGCUCAUUGAAGAUGGCGAGCACGGGUUCAACUUCCCUAUCAUUUCUGAACUACGCACAGAUCAGAUAUCGGAAGAUAUAACCCGGUUCACACAACGGAUUGAAACCUCCACCUACGAUGAGAUUUAUCGGCACUUUGUUCAACUAUGCUGCAAUGAAACUCCCUUUUUUGAGGUGUUCGAAUCGGAGAAAUUCCCCACCGUGGAGGAAUGCAACCAGUUCAUCUUCUUCUUCUUCAAUUCAUUUCAGGCCGUUUAUCCGAUAUUACAUCUUCAUAGAUUUAAUCCCAAUACAAGCCAUUGGCUCUUGACUUCGUCAAUAUUAGCACUUGGCUGCCACGUGUCCCACAUUUCCGAGAUGGAGCAGUGUACAGCUGCUUUCCACGAACUAAUUCGGCGAGGUAUCUAUCUUGAGAAAGAAAAGAGUCCCCCUAGUCAGGCUUCUCUCGAGAUAUUGCAAGCUAUGUUGUUCAACUGCAUUGGACUUCUCCAUGGUAGGAGCGAGCGAGGAAAGGCUUCGGCCUUGAGCACCUUUGGUGACUUGGUGACACUCAUGAAAACCUCCCGCUUGUUGACACCGAUGCGAACAAAAUUCAAUGAGGCGUCACCAGAUGCAGCUUGGGCAUCUUGGAUUCAAGAUGAGGUCAGGAGACGUACCGGCUAUUGUAUAUGGCUUGUCGAUUGUACUCUUGCAUAUUACUUUGAUGAUCGGCCUCUGCUCUCCCUAGAUGACGGACAAGCUGCAUUACCCGCGCACGAGAAGUUAUGGCAAGCAACAUCCGCAGAUGCAUGGAAGCCACUGUGGGCGAAAUCAUUUGCCAACGAAUCCUUAUACAACGCAGUCCAUAUCCUCUACAUUGAGAAGAGAGUAGUAGUUGGAAUAGGAGAAUUCAGUCACAUCUUACUCAUCCACGCUCUCUACCACCGGAUGUGGGAAGUGGGUGACUACUUCCGCCGCCCACUAUCCUUCUGGAACCCGACAGCGAAGAAGCAAUCAUGCGAUACCGCCAUCCCCACAGGCUCAGUCUGGCUCCCAGGAAUUCCCUCAUACUCGAAAUGGCGCAACAGCACAUGCGACUGCCUCGACAUCCUCCACUGGACCGCUAACAGCACCGUAGCCAAAGCCGCAGGUCUCGAGCACCCAACCAUCCUCCACCUCCAUGCCGCCCGAUUAUUCCUCCUCACUCCAUUCCGCGAAAUGCGCUCCCUAGCAACCUCCCUAGCAACAGAAAAGCAGCCCUGGAGUAAACGACACCAGUCCCUCGAGUGGCAGUAUAUCUGGCGCUGGAUGAAACACGACCAAUAUAAAGCCCGGCUUUCAAUCAUUCACGCCGGCGUCACCCUCUGGCAUAUCCGUCGUUACUCGACGAACGCUUUCCACGAGCCUGUCGCGGCGUUCAUCGCUGUGCUGACGCUGUGGGCGUACGGAUCAUAUCACCUGCAUACGUCCCAUGAGUCGAGUCCGCGUGCAGAGCCGCUUCAUGAACCGAGUUUCAUUCAUCUUGACCGGCCGUGUGAUGAUGAGCUUGUGCAGCUUUUUGUGAGGGAGGGUCAUGCUAUGAGAGGGAAUGUUACUGGUGUUGGUGAUAUAUGUGGGGCGGAGGGUCCGGAAAGGGUCCUACGGAUUGGAUGUGAGAUUCUUUCGGGCUUGACGGCGUGGAAUGUUUCGAAGAAGUUCGUGGCUAUUUUGACGCGGCUUGCGGAAUUGAGCUCGUGUCGUUCCUCUUGGGGACAGAAUUGUCGACGUGAUGCUGAACACAUCUGA